AUGGCGGCGGCGGCAGAGACAGGGCAAGCGGUGGCCCCGAGCGGAAAGCGCCGGAGGGGCCACCGCAGCCCGGCUUCGGAUCCCCGGAACCCGGAGCGGCUCGCGGCGGGACCAUGGCUUCCUGGGGCUCUUACCUGCCCGGAGCGGACUGGAGGGGACGCGGCUACACGUUCUGCUCGACCUCCCGUUUUGCCGCCUCCGCCUCGCCCUCCCCAGCGCCGCUGCCGCCAUCUUGUGUCCCGGGCCGGGACUCCGCGCUGCGCAUGCGCCGGUACCGCCUCUGAGGGACCUCGCCGCUGCCGCGCCGCCAUCUUGAGUGUGGCAGAACCGGCCGACUCCUCAUAG